AGCUUACGUAGAUGAGUGCGUCUGCUUUUAUUUGUCUAGCAUUAUCCAGCGCCGAUAAGUCACCUUUUCAAAAUGGCGUUUCUUGAAUAGCGAUGUGAUAAUAUUUACUACUUGUAGAAAUACAGGAUUUUUGCACUCUAGCGAUUCAUUCGGAAUAUCUUUUCUUGAAAAGAAAAAUAUUUUAAAAAGCUUGUACUUUAUACUCAGAGCGUUUAGUAUUUUUUUUUUAAAGGAAACAUUUGAUGUAUUGGGACAUAAAACUGAAAAUACUGAUUUUCCGGUGUUCAAUUACUGCAUUCCAAACUAUAAAAGAGUGUGAUUAGAAUGAAAAUGAUCCCAUGGAAUGUGCGACAUUUUAUGUUCUGGAAUGUGUACCGUUUUGAAAAAUAUGAUUAAAAAAAAACUGAAACAUAGUCGAAAAUUUGUUAUGAUUGCAUCCUUCUAAAAGUGAAAUCAUUGUUUUUGUGGAAUGUUUAAAUCUGAUGCCAUGUCUGUACAACUCCAAAACUUUUUCAAAUACUGUGAUCCGGACGGAACGAAAUCCGUGGAUCGCGAGGCGUUCCGGGACUUGUGCAACCGACUCAACAUAACUAACCAAGAUGCUGAUUUGAUUUUUGAAGAUCUGGAUCUUGACAACGAUGGGCGUAUUAGUUUCGAGGAUUUUUCCCGCGGUUUUUCUAACUUUUUGUCUACUGCGGAUAUGUGCGAUACAGAAUUCACAUCGUAUCAGACUGAAAUGGAACAGCCGGAGGAAGCUACCAAACACCAUGUUUGGUCAACUCUGACGAAUGAAGCAGAAAGAACGGGACAAAAACACAGUGAUGAAGGAAAACUGAAAUGGCUGCUCAAUGAGCUGCAGACUUCAGAACAGAAGCAUCUAGUCCCCUACCUGGAAAGUGCGGUGGAAGAACUUUUGGGCAAUCUACAGCACCUUCAAGAGGAAAAGUCCAGGUUGGAAAACUCAUGGAAAAGAGAAAAAGUAGAGCACGAGAAACAUUUGAAAAGAAUGGAAGAAGAACUAGACAAUCAAGUAAAGGAAGCUGAAAUGAAGCUUAGACUAAAAGCACAAGAAGAAGUUGAAGACGAAAGGAAAACGUUGCAGACGAAAAUGGAUGGCGAACUGGAUAAAGUUCAGUCUCACCUUGCACUCAUAGAAAAAGUGUACUCUUGGCUACGAACCCAGCCUCUCGAACAGCGAGAUUGCCGCCUUGAUGAGGUUAAAGCGAAGCUGGAUGACGCCGUCCACGAGAAUCGUCAACUGCGCAUGUCAUUAUUGGACACGCAGACCAGCAUAGCGCUCAUGCGCAGUGAGCUCUUGCAGUUGAGGACCAUGUACGAAGAGAAAUGCAGAGAACUUUCCAGUGAAAGGGAGAAGAUUAUGGAAGUAUUACAAGAACAGGACCAUUUGAGUCGUCAGCUUAGUCUCCUACACGACGCUAAUAGACGCUUAUUGGAUAAUGCCGAUUCUAUAAGAAGUAGUGUUGAGACCUCAAGCAAACAGAACUCAAUCAUUGGAACUCCAAGAGCUAAAAGUGGUUCGAUCAUUGGAGAUUAUCUCGAUAUUGGUCAUUCUCGGGAAUAUCUCAGUAGGUUUUCAGAAGAUGACGAAGAUAUUGACAUUGAUGAUGAAGAAAGUAUUAAAUUGAAAAAGGCCGUGUCUAUGGAUGUUUUAGUGCAAAGAAGGCGUAAGUCAAAGAAUAAAGGAUCGAAAUCUGCAAGGCUAUCUCUGAAUCAGUCGGACAGUGGGGUGUCUACAGUUCGAGACUCAUGCGAACCAGACGAAGUUUGGGACAUGUCCCCCAGGGACGAUCGUGACAGUGAUGACGAAAGGCUGGUUUCAAGGUCAAAUCGAAGAGGAUCCCGGCCUGUUUCUAUGCCCCCACCAGAAAAUAGCAGCGAGGACAGGAGUCAUUUAUCUGUGAUGGAUUCUCGUUAUUAUAAGAUGAGGUCAAGCACAAGUCAAGAUUCAAUUUUAGACACAGAAAGUUUUCCACGAAGAAAGAUAUCUGACAUAAAGAAACAGCUUGGAAUUGAAGACAAACCAGUCAGUUGGAGCAAAAGUUGGUCCCCGAAUCCAAACAAAUGCUCAACACCCAAGGGAAUCUCACAGACUGAAGGAUUAUCCCCUCCAGUUCCUUUACCAAGAACAUCGAAAAUUUUACAAAGCAAAGAAGAGAGCAAGGAAGAUGAUGAAAACAGUUUAGCAAUUACUUCUGUUGAAGACGAUGAAUCGGAGUACGAACCGAACGGGCCAGCAGAGCAGACGUUCAAAGUUAUAUUCGUUGGUGAUGCCGGAGUUGGAAAGUCUUCGUUUGCUCUUCGAAUCAGCAAAGGAGUUUUUGUCAGACAUAUGAGCUCCACGUUGGGUGUGGAUUUCUUGAUGAGAACUAUUCGAGUAGACGGCCGAAAUGUUGCAGUUCAGCUAUGGGAUACAGCCGGUCAAGAAAGAUUUAGAAGCAUUACGAAAUCCUAUUUCCGUAAAGCGGAUGGUGUCAUGCUCUUGUAUGACUGCACGUGUGAACAUAGUUUUCUGAAUGUACGUAAUUGGGUAGAAGAUAUUGAUAAAGCGGCAAUGCAAAGAAUACCCUUGAUGAUUGUGGCCAACAAAACAGACCUUAGAGCGGUGGCUAUCAAAUCAGGAGCCACGUGCAUCACAACAGAGCAAGGGGAAAAAUUGGCAAAAGAUUGUGAUACAACGUUCAUGGAAGCGAGUGCUAAGGAUGGUUCUAAUGUGCUGCGUGCGCUAUCUAAUCUCAUUAGGUCGAUGUCAACUUAUCAAGACCUCCAGAUGUCAGCUUCUACCAUGCAACUAUGCGAUCUCAAAGACAAAAAGUCAAAAGGCUGCUGUGGAAAAUGAAACAAGCACAUCUAUUAAGUUAAAUGCAACGAGCACCAUUUGUAUUUAAUGCAUUCCAAAAUCAACAACACAUGUUAUUUUUGCUAUGUAGUAUUAAGACACUCUUACCACGUGUGCUUGAUGCAAUCAUGAACAUCUAAUAUGUGCUCGAUUUGUACGUUAAAAAUGAGAAUGAUUAUCAGAUUUUCACAUCAUUUAUCUUUUCUCAAUAUGAUUAAGUGCUUGGGAGAAAUGCUGUUGAAUGAAAUAAUUACUGGAAAGAAGGACUUCGUACGAUUAAAAUAGUUACUAGAAGGAAGGACUUCGUGGAAUGAAGAAACUUGUGCAUAAAUUCCCUAAUAAAAAGUCAUAAGAAACAGUUCGUGGAAAGUGGUGAUGUUGCCUUUGUAAACUGCUGAAACGUUGUCAUAUUUACCUUGUAUUUUAUUUUACUUUAUUUAUUUUUUAAUCUAAUUUCCUAUUACCUGAUGUAUUCUGUAGUUCAAACAAAUACUUCAAAUGAAGAAACUUUCUUUGAAGUGACUCUAGAAAAAAAAAAUAACAAGUCUUGCUGAGAAGAAAUAUUGUUUCUUGCUGCCAUUGAUGAAGAAUAAUAAGCAAUUACUCAACAAGAAUGAAUUUUCCAUGAAGAAAAUUAUGAAAAAUCAAGUCAUUAGCAAAUAUAGCGUUGUCUAAGGUAACUUGCAAUAGAAAAGCAAGCGCUUGUUAAUUGUUGACUAAUGUUCCGCUGAGCAGAUGAUGCAAAAUAAUUUUGAUCACGUGCUAAAUUGAUAUAAGUUUGCUUCAGAUAUAAUAUUUGUUGAUAGCAGUGACAAUAUCGCAAAUGGUGAAAAAAAACCUGCCUGAUGAAAAAGAGUUGCAAAUACUUAUUCAAAUAACUAGAAUGUUCUGCAAAGCGAUCGGUUCUUGAGUACUAGCCAAAUGAUCAUAACAUUCCUUCAGAGUACUGUUGAUAGUAACAGCAAGAGCUUGAUUAAAUGAGGCAAUGAACGUUGCUUAAAGCAACUGAUGAAAAAGAAUAACAAGAACUCGUUUAAAGAAACAGAACGAUCGGCAAAGCAACGAAUGAGAACGAUUCUGAAGCACCUGUAGAAAAGGUAUAGCAUUGUUUGAGAUUACUGUUAAUAGUUGUAACAAGGUUUUGCUAAAACGAAAACAUCACACAAAGAAAAUGAUGAAAAAGAGUAUCGAACAUUUUUUGAACCAACCGAAUGUUCUGCGAAGAAACGAAUAAGAAGGGUUCUUAAGCACUAGCAGAAACCAUAUAACAUUUCUUUAGAUUACUAUUGAUAGCAGUAACAAGAGCUUGCGCAAAUGCAAGGGAAGUUGUCUGAUGUACUGUUUGACCACGGAUUGUAUGUAAUUUGGCAAUCGGCCAAGUUAAGACGAUUCCGUCUGAAUGAAUCUAGCAGGGGAGACGGAAAAAUAGCGAUGGAAUUUUGAUGCACGCGUUUCAUAAUUUCACUAGAGCCUUAUUUAUUUAUUGUCUUCAUUGAGGUGUAAAUGAGUGGAAACAAAAGGAGUUUCUAUGGAAAUAACAAAAAGAAGAUAAAAUGUUUUCAUUUCGUUCGGAAAUGUAAAAGCAAAAUGGUAAGCUCAAAAACUAUGUUGUAAACAAAAUAAAUCAAUUAAUUAACUUUUGAGUGAGAAAAAAGAUAGAAUAUAGUUUUGAUUUAUUUAAAUUAUUACAGUGAAUAAAUUGCCAUUUUUUAAAAACUGAGUAGAAAUAAUUAAGAGAAAAACGCUCACAUCUGUAUCAGAGAAACUACCAUUCCUGAAAGGUAAUAGACACAUCCAUUUACGCCUGCAAUCCAGCUAGUAGUUGAAGAAAUGGCUGGAAACCCAAACGCUGGCUGAAGAUAUUCCCGAGAGACUGCUGCAACAGCAAAGAAAAAAAUAGCCAGCUUUUGCUGGUUAUUAAAAUGUUAAUUACUAAAAUUUUAUAGUUUUUUACUAACAAAAUUAUUUUUGAUAAAACACAAAUUAUUGUUAUAUGUUAACCGAAUUUGGAAAAUAAGUUUUAUUUUUUUGUUUAUCUUGAACUUUAAAGCUGUUCUUUUUUAUUUUUUUGUCUAGAAUUAACUAUAUGUUUAAGAACAUAGUUAAAAUAUUGUUAAAUAGGUGGCGCUGCAAAAUUUGAAAAUAUUUUCAUUUUCCUUUUUGCUCCUCUAUUUCACUUCCCCCACAUUUCCCUACUUCAUCUAAUGAGAAGAAUGUUGUCUCAAGUAACUUUUAAAAACUAGUAACUAGCAUUCGCUGAAGAAGAUAUUGUAAGAAAAUUGUGGAAAUUAACUUCACAAAGUAAAUUGUAAUAAGAGUAAUAUCCUGUGCAAAAAUUUUGAAAAUGAAGGUUGAAGAAAAUUACGGACGCAAAAAGUGAAAUGAAUGACCAGACUUCAUGCUUACAUUCUUAAACAAGCACUUGUUUAAUAGAAGAAUUGUUACACGAAUUGUUCAAAGCAACUGAUGGUUGAAAUGAAGAGGACUGAGCUUUAAAAAAUAAUAAUACAACUUUGAAGUAUGUGUAAACUUAACGUUUGCACACAUGAAUCACUUUUUAUUAAAAGGGUGUAAGUCAAAUUUUUAUUUGAAGAUAGAUACAUUGAUUUGUGUCAAAAGGGCAUUUCUGUGUCUAUUACAACACAACAAACCAAUUAACAUAACGUAAGUUCUUUCAUGUGGAAAUUUUCCUCAACGUGAAUUUGCUUUUAUUUUUUGGGGGAAGAACGAUUGUAAUUUUUGACUUACGCCCUUUCACCAAAAACUGAUUUACAUAUGCUUCUGUUUUAAUUAGAAACACCCAUAUGAAUUUGGAGUAACUCUAUCAAAGUAAAAGGUCAAAAUACUACUGAUACUAACUGAUUUGAAAAUCUAACUUCAUAACUAAUAUUCUUAUAGUCUGUUUCUGCAACAAAUAGUCUAUGAUAUUAACGUUACUAAGAAAAAAUUCAAGAUCAUGUUUUGAACACAAAAUCGCAACAGAAAAGAUAAGUUUUGGUUUGUGAUUUUAUUUAGCAGAAAUUUCUAAAUAAAUAUUUGUGUUAGAUGUAAAAUAUGUUUCAUGUUUUGAAAUAUUUUAAUUCAAGCUUUGAGCAAUAAACGUUUACU